AUGUCCAUCACGGCUUGCCAAGACGGUUGUACAUGUACAUCGCACUCCGCCGAAGUUCACCAUGCCAUCAGGACCCUCCGAGCUUAUCGAUCGGCUCAAGAUGGCUGGAGCAGCACAAGCUGGUCGCAGGGGCAAGAAAUAAGUGCGUGGAUACUGGUGCCGGCUGUCUUCACGGAGCCGGACAGCUUGAGCUGGCCUAUUUCCGAUCCGGUUCAGGGGCUCGGUCGGACGCUGUCAGCACAGACCAUGCCAAACCAGGAGCUCUUGAUGGUUUUCACCAACUUUCUGUCCAAGUUCACGGCUUCGCUGGACGGAAAUCCAGAACCCUCGAACCCGUAUAUCAAGUAUUACGUCCCAUACUGUGUCAACUCUCAGCUCUUGUUGCGCGUGGCCAUCUACUCAGCUGCCUGCUUCCUCACCGACACUGGUCACGUCGACAGAACUGUGGCGAUGGCUCACAAGGGCCAUGUCUUCAGGCUGCUGAACGAACACAUCAGGUCACGGAUGCCCACAACUGACGAAGUGAUUGCUGAAGUGCUUCAGAUCAUCCUGAACGAAUGGCUCUGGGGAAACGCUGAUGAUCUGCGAGCUCACCAGCGCGGACUCCGGGAUAUGAUCAAAUGCCGCGGAGGAUUUCGAAUGCUCGGCCUACAUGGCCUGAUUAGCAAGCUUGCGAUAUCUGCCGACGCUGCGAUUUCCCUGUCUCUGGAAGUCCCGCCGUACCUGCGAGGAGGGCCCGAACUCGAGUUCAGCGACAGCUCACCUUUCCCUCUCCGUGUAGCCCUCAAUACGCCCCUGAUCCCCACGCUUGUGCGGUUUUCGUCAUGUGCCGACGCCCUUCGUAUCCACCCUGCCGUUGCCUCCAUUCUCGAUGACAUGCGCUUUCUUCUCGCUGCGGUCCUUGCGCUUCCGGCAAAGCCCUCGGCGAAGGAGCUCCAGAAGGUACAGGCCACGUCGGCUUGGAUUCAUGAGCGCAUCUCGGGCCUCUCCGAAGACUCGCCGGCCACGCGACGUCCCCCAGAAGCGAGCUCGGCGCCCAGAGCCGACGGCUCCAUGGUGGCGGAGAUAUCCAAACAGGUGCAAUCUCCCCACGGCUCCGCCUCCCUCCUCUUCCGCCUCGUCCUCCUCUUGCCUCCAGACCACAUCUACCAAGCCAUCCGUCUCGCCGCCCUCCUGUACAGCCGCGCCAUUAUGCACCGCCGGGCCUUCAGCCGGGUCGUCAUGUCCGAUGCGUACCUCCGCCUCUGGACCACGGCGUGGCGCGUGCCGCUGUCGACGUGGCGAUCCCUGCUGGGCGUGCUCACCUGGAUCCUGCUGCCCCUCCCGCACGACCGCUACAUGAGGGGCAUGCUCAACAUCUGCAUGUUCCAGAUGGGCAUGGACAACUGGGAGAUCGCGAGCUCGGCCAUGGAGGCAGGCCUGCGUUUACAGCGACGGUUGGCGGGUGAGCCGGUGAGCCCUUCGGAGGCCGGCGAGUGA